ACGCCGCACACAGGGGAGCCUAUAUAAGCUCUGCAGCUGUCAGGUGGACGACACUGGCUGCUCUGCACUAGGGGGAAACGACUCGCUUUAGGGGAUUUACAGCUCGGCAUACUCAUAGAUCCAAACUGUAGCAAUGUCUCACGGUUGGGGAUACGCAGAGAACAACGGACCCGACAAAUGGAGUGACAACUUCCCCAUUGCCAAUGGACCCCGUCAGUCUCCCAUUGACAUCGUACCUGGGGAUGCAUCCUUCGACGGGGGGCUGAAGCCGCUCAAGCUGAAGUACGACCCCUCCACCUGCCUGGAGAUCCUCAACAACGGACAUUCCUUCCAAGUGACCUUCGUAGAUGACACCGACAGCUCAACUCUGACAGAUGGACCGAUCUCUGGGAUCUACAGGCUCAAGCAGUUCCAUUUCCACUGGGGAGCUUCUGAUGAUAAGGGCUCUGAGCACACUGUGGCCGGGACCAAAUACCCUGCUGAGCUCCAUCUGGUGCACUGGAACACCAAAUAUGCUAGCUUUGGUGAAGCUGCUAGCCAGCCUGACGGGCUCGCUGUUGUUGGAGUUUUCCUGAAGAUUGGUGCUGAAAAUGCCAACCUCCAGAAGGUUCUUGAUGUCUUCGACGUCAUCAGGGCCAAAGGCAAGCAGACCUCUUUUGCUAACUUCGACCCCGCCACCCUGCUCCCCGGUUCCCUUGACUAUUGGACAUACGAUGGCUCUCUGACCACACCCCCUCUGCUGGAGAGCGUUACCUGGAUCGUCUGCAAGGAGCCAAUCAGCGUCAGCUCUGGGCAGAUGGCCAAAUUCCGCAGCCUGCUUUUCUCUGCUGAGGGCGAACCUGAAUGCUGCAUGGUGGACAACUACCGCCCUCCCCAGCCGCUCAAGGGUCGCGCUGUCCGUGCUUCCUUCAAGUAAUAACCCCCCCCCCUUUUGCCCUUUCUGCCCUGUUGCCCUCUCCCUCCCUUCCCCCCUCCCAAUAGUGCGACACCCAGAGUUACCUCUCUUGCAGUGAGCCACAAAGCACACAUAUCUCUCUCCGUCCAGUUUGUAGAAGAAAUUAAAUUCCCGUGGCCCAUUGCUUUUUUCAGUGCUGGGCUGUCAAACCGUGAGAUGGAGCGCUUGCAUCUCUGUUUCUGUGUGUGCAACAAGCCAGCAAAGAUACCCCUGUUGUAAUUUAUUUUUUAAAGACAAACACAUCACGGUUGCUGCGACACAUUUACCAGGAUUCUGCCUCUGCUAUCAGUGUUCUUAGAGACCAGUGUGGGGUUUUUUGUGUGUGUAUGUGUCGCCCACCAUGAGGAUGAAAAAUGAAGAUGAGUUAUAGUCAAAAUGGUGCUCUCGAGCUAGCAAGAAGCAGAAUGCACGAGCGAUUUGCAGGAGGCAACUAUAUCACCAUCUGUGAGGAGGGCAAGGUGCAAAUAAAAGACUCUCUCCUGCUGCCAGUCUGUCUGUAAUCUCUGACCGACUGCCAGCUUCUGCAUCACAGCAGCUUAAUGAAACGCUGCAGCCGCCUCCAUCACAACCGAUUGACUCAGAAAAUCCCCCUCUGGCUCACACACAUGCACAGCGUUGCACACUCAGUAGCAUGCAGACACGAUGCCUAUAGGCACUGACCUGCUUAUUGAUCUGAGCUGUACAACAGCAACACAAUGCAUGAUGACAGACUGCUAAUGCUAGCUGCUGAACACCAUGAGACUUAUUUCUCUCAAAUUACUCACUGUGUUCGUCAUCCCAAAUCGUGUUUUUAUUAUUAUUACUAUUAUUAUUAUUAUUAUUAUGGAUUAUGUCUUUUUUUUUUAGCCUGAAAGCUUAUGCAAAAAUAAGUCUUAAGUGAUUCCUGAAUUAUGUUUUUCUAACCAAAACCUCUUCCUGCUCUUGAAGCCCUGAUAUUAUAGCAACAGGGAAGAAUCAUCCUCCCUUUUGAAUUGAGAAAAAGCCCUUCAUGUGCUUUUUUUUUUUUUUUUUUUUUUUAAACUUCAGUGUGUCGAGUGCUAAUGCUUAAAAACGCACAGUCAUUUUUGUGAGUGAUGCCAUUGUGGCUAAUGCACAAAGCCAAGGAAGAAACAGACCCUGCCAGGGAAGCCAGUGGAAGAAAAGAAACCUGCCAACAGACAAGAUUAUAGUGUCAUUGUGGUGUCAGACCCUGCAUGGGUGAAUAAUUAACAGAAGACCAUGUGAGGUCCUUAAGGCCUCUGUAUGCAUUUCUGACUAAAGAGAUGUUUCCAGACAGAUUGUAUUUCAGAAUAAUGACAAAAAAAAAUCGCCUUAUGCCAAUCAUUAUUAGGGCCGUCCCAGGAGUAUGUGUUGUUGUCAUUCUAUUUUGGAAGUGGACGUUUUACUAGUUAAAUAAAUCUAUUUUAUGACUAAAA